AUGUGUGUACAUGUGCUGGGGAUAAGUGCGGUGGUUGUUAGUGGUUACGACGCCGUUAAAGAAGCGUUGGUCAACAAAGGAGAGUUCACAUCAGAUCGACCUCCUGUCAGCGGCGAUGGAGGGGAAGGUUAUAUUUUCGCUAAAUAUGGAGAAAUGUGGCGACGGCGGAGGAGAUUUGCUCUCACUGCUCUGCGACAUUUUGGGGUCGGUAGAAGAGUCAUUGAGACCCGCAUCAAUGAAGAGGCAUAUCACUUGAUAACGGUGAUCAGAGAGUAUGACAAUGACAAACCAUUGGAUUUGCGUCCAUUUGUUAACAAUGCAGUGUCAAACGUCAUAUGUUCACUUUGCUUCGGACAGCGUUUUGAGUACGAUGAUCCAAAAUUCCAUAAACUUCUUGACUGCAUCAAUAAUUUAUUCAGUGCAGGAAUUUCCUCUUGGGUACGAUUGAAAUUUCCUUUUCUCCGUAAGGUGCCUUUCCUCUUCACUGGAUUGAAGGAAGACGAGAAGAAACUCAAUAAAUUUAUGAGCGAAAUUCGCUUAGAACACGCAUCAACGCUUGAUCCUAAUGACCCCAGAGAUAUAAUUGACACACUCUUAAUAAAAGAAAGGAGCGCAGAACAGAUUGAUGGGAAAGAUGUCUUUUCUUCUGUGUUUUCUAAACGUGGUAUUAUUGAGUUAUUCAACGCUGGUACGGACACCACAACAAACACAAUAAUGUGGAUUAUAUUAAAUUUGGUGAAAUUUCCUGACCUUCAAUUAAAGAUACAACAAGAGAUUGACCAGCACAUUGGUCAAGGAAGGACGCCGUUAAUGGCCGACAAACCUAAUCUUGCUUUCACAAAUGCAUUCAUCGCAGAGACACAGCGUGUUUUCCCCGUCGCCCCUCUAGCUGUACCGCACCAAAUCUCUGAUGAUGUUCGACUGCAAGGGUAUAUUAUACCCAAAGGGACAAUGAUGCUUGCAAAUCUCUGGUCUGCACAAAAUGACACAAAAUACUGGAAAGAUCCCGAACAAUUUGACCCAUCAAGGUUCUUAAAUCCUGAAAAAAUGUUUGAGAGAGGGGACAGCUGGAUGCCAUUUUCUUUAGGCAAAAGAAUAUGUCUUGGUGAGCAGUUAGCAAAGGUGGAACUCUUUCUUUUGGUAACCAAUUUACUGCAACGUUUUACUUUUUCUCACCCACGUGAUCAACCUGAACCAGAUGUUCGAAUGCAAGGUGUUAUGGGUAUGACAUGGAGUACAGUUCCCUUCAAAGUCAAGAUUUCCUCACGAUCAUAA